GUCGAUAUAAACUAUACUAUUCCGUUCAUCAGAUGUCCGUUUAUUCCACAUCACUUCAGCAGAUACCAGAAGAAAUGGCUUCAAACACGUUACCAUUAUUCAACUCUCCAUGUACUUCGCCUACUAUCUCCAAUAAAUUCUCUGAGGGAAGCACUUUUGUAACGAAUUCAUCUACUCCUACAUCCAAAACGGUUCUUCAAUAUCGAGAGUCGCUUACUCAAUGGCGUCCUUGGCGGAUAUCAAGAUCUAACACUGAUGAGAACUUGCGAAAACCCCAUGUGAGAAGUUUAUCUGAGAAUCAAAAGAGCUAUAGAUCUUUAAGCAUAUUUCUCGAUAGCGAUGAGAACUUCAAAAUCUAUCGACGUUUCGGAUAUCUUCAUUCGCGUUUACUUCUCCGUAAACAAGAUGAAAUUCGUCGACUCGAAAUGGAACUAGAUGAACUAGACGACCUUGAUGAAGCAGAUGAUGCACCCGAUAGACGACGCGCACGAUCUAGAAACGCAGAUAUGGCAGCCGAGAAAAAGGAGCUUGCUGAAGAUCCAAACCUUCGGACAAGGACUGUAGUCUUGAACGAAAUCGAAGAAAAAUUAGCUGCUUAUGACGAGUUACUACUCCGUUCUCAGCAUGUAAAUGCCAUGAACCGUCCUGCUGACAGUGAUUACAGAAGUGUUGAAAGAUACAUUUUUGACAAGAAGCCUCUUGUUGACGAGGAGCAAGGUUUCAUAUAUGAGAAGAAUGAUCUCAUUACAUUGCGCGAGGGAAGAGAAGGAGCAUACCUCGAUACCAUGACCGAAAGAUUUCUGCAAAUCUUUCAUUGUGCAUUUCUACAAUCAAUUUUUUGCACCGCGGAGGACCGAGAAAAGACAACAGACCCAAAUCUUCAUUUCUAUAGCAAGUCCCGAAAAGACACAUUCGUAACAAGUCUUCUUGUGCUUGUCUUACUUCUUCUUCUCAUUCUUCCAGUGUUUCUCUUGUACAGGCUUACUGAGCAUCAUAACCUGGAUAUUACAUAUACAGUUAGUAUUGGCGUGCUACUUGUUUUUACACUGUUGUUUUCGGCUGUUUUGUCACUUUUUACCCAGGCCAAAAGACAUGAAAUAUUCGGCGCUGCUGCUGGAUAUUGUGCUGUAUUGGUAGUAUUCAUUAGUAAUAUUCCGAACGUUAACUGAUAGUCGGGGUUUUGUUCUCUAAAAGUCACUUGACUGUAUUGUUUCCUAUUUUGAAAGAACAAUGGGAAAAGCAUUAAUCAUCACUGGAGA